UUAGGGCGCGGCAAAAGUACAGUGGUCCUCAUCCGGAAAGAAACUACCAGUCACUGUCGGUAUAUAGGCGCAUCCAUGCAUUAUUGGGUAUUCAAAGAAUUAUUGCGCACAAUCUUUUAAAAGGAUAUACAAGUAGGGCGUUGAACAAACAGCAACCACUUUGAGACUAACAUCCACAGUUGAUUUAGAGGCCUUCAGAGUGACAAGAGAUUGGGUAAGAUUCAGACUCUCCUAGAACAAUUACUUGUGAUAAAUUUGAUAAAGGAAUAGACGUUCUGAGGACCCCUAGCCAGUGCUCCAAGCUAUUUAAAACUAUAGAGUAUUUCUCGUGACUCUGCUCCGUUGGACCCAUCACAUUCAUCCUACAAUGGCAAAAGCCAAGACGGUUUUGGAAAAGGAAAUCUAUGUCGUCAUCAAAGCAUAUAAAGAUGACGAAGAUUACGCAGAUAUCGACGAUUUGGACGAGAAACUGAACUCAUACAAAGAACAGUUCAUGGAAUUCGAUGAAGAUUGCAGUGGAGAUAUCGACCUGAUGGAAUUAAAAAGGAUGAUGGAAAAAUUGGAUCAAGCUAAAACACACCUUGAGCUGAAGAAAAUGAUUGCUGAGGUUGACCGUCGAAAUAGUGGAUCUAUAAGCUUCAACGAUUUCGUAUUCAUGAUGCUGGGCAAAAAGUCAAGUAUUCUGAAAAUGAUACUUAUGUUUGAGGAGAAGAAGAAGGAGCGCGAGAAACCCACUGGUGAACCCCCGAAAAGGGACCUGUCAUCACUGCCUUAAAGGGAAACCCGACCUUAAAGGAAACCGAAACCCAAAACAACAAUCGUGUCUUUUCUGAAAGAUACUUAUAUGUUUAAUAAGAUGACCUGAACAAAUCUUAACCAAAACGUAACAGAAAGCAGUAAAUCACAAAAUUCUUAUUAUAAAAUAAGCUAGUCUGAAAGAAAGCAGACUAGGUAAGAAAAGCAGACUAAAUGGCUUUCACACUUCUUCCAACACACAAAAUGAAUAACAUCUGAAUUAUUUCAUAAUAUAUAACUCAGGAUGGUCUUGUUUAAUAGAGAACUGUUCAUAAUAUGCUACCUUCAAUAUACUGUGCUUAGUGCCCCAAAGGAGAAAGCGCUUAGGACAUCGUAGGAAAAUCCCUCAAAAUUUAUAAUAAGGGAGAUAACAUAUACAAUCUGCGCAUGGGCAGAUAAAGGUCAUUUGUACCAAAAAGGUAAAACCCACCAGAGAUACAUACUGGAUAUGCGCUCAUGAAAGUGAUGUAACAUUAUUCAUUUAUGCACCAACGGUACAUUCUAAGGUACGCAGGUGGAAGUAUUUUUUUCAAGAGGGCAAACAAAAGGUUUUCAUGAAGCACAUCUAGGACAUUGGCAGUUAUUAUUCUAAGAUGCUCAAAGUGGAACUUCUCCAUGUGUAAAAGAUCUGUGGAUAUUUGGGGUCAUAACCAUGUGCUAUCUGUAAACUCCCUUAUAGAGAGCUUUCCUUUGCCCUUUCAGUUGCCAUUUUUUAACAGCGUAAUCCAACAGAGUGACGAAAGUUUUGAACAAAUCGAUAUAUAAAUCGGGAAGUACAUGAAUUAAAUGUAGUUACUACUGUGAUCGAAUAAAAUUUGAUACUUACAUAUUAAAUCAAUUAAGUAAUAUAGAACUGAAUUGAAACGUGAUAAACUAAUAGUGAAUAAAAGGCGGUAAAACAAUUGUGAUGUGACGAAAAUAAAAAGUGCAAAUAACAGACUAAGAAUAAUUAUGUUAGCUAUCUGUACCUGAACGUCUGAAAGGGAGGUGCCCCUUUACACACUAUCUCAUUCAUCUGCUAUGAAUAAUAAUAACAUUUCAAUAGUAAAAAAUACACUUUGCACAUAUUAUGUACGGCUAGGUCGAAUAAUCCAUAAUGCUUGUCCUACCUAGCAACAGCUAAUUUAUAAAGAGGGGAAACCCUAAACGAGGAACAGAGGAAAGGAUAAGGAUGCAAUUACACUUUAAUUGUUUUUCUUCUUCAAUAAUUAAAUCAAGAUAUUGUUACUCAUACAUUGGCACUUUAUAUAUGUAUAUAUAUAUACAUAUCGUGUAUAACUUUUCUGUAUCUAAGAUCAUACCUGAUAGAGUCAUUUGUAAAUUGUUUGCGGCAUUGACGGCAUAAUCAUCUAUACUUGGAAAAGAAAAUGUAACAUUUUAGAUGAUUUUGAAUAAUGUUGUACUUGUACUGAAGUUCAGACUGUCAAGGCUAUCGUAAGAAUGAUCACUGAACAAACGGGUAUACAAGGUUCUGCUGUAGCAGGCCCGUAACUAGGAUUCUACUGUGUGUGAGGGUGGGGGGUGCAGACAUUACAUUACAUGGGUUGGGGAGGGUCUGGGAGGGAUGGGAAUUUAUUUUGCAUUUUUCUAUCUGAAAAUAAAGUUUUGGGUACAUUAUAAAACACCAAAA